AUGCCACGUUGUCAACAUUUCUCAAAGAAUCAGGUUUUAAAAGAGGUUCAAUCGAUCCAACCCUUUUUUUGUAAAAUCUUUAAUAAACAUCUUUUAAUUGUACAAAUAUAUGUUGAUGACAUUAUUUUCGGUUCUACUGAUGAAUCUUUAAGUGUUAAGUUUGCAGAUUUAAUGAAGAACAAAUUUGAAAUGAGCAUGAUUGGGGAGAUGACUACUUUUCUCGGACUUCAAAUUAAACAGUCAACUGAUGGCAUUUUCAUCAACCAAGAGAAUUAUGUCAAAAACCUACUCACUCGUUUUUCAAUGGAAAAAUCCAAUACCGCAAAAACCCCAAUGGCUUUUGGAUACAAAAUUGAUGCAGACUUAAAUGGCAAACCCGUUGACCAGAAAAGAUAUCGUGGAAUGAUCGGAUCACUCUUAUACCUCAUUGCCAGCAGACAUGACAUCAUGUUUUCUACAUGUGUCUGUGCUAGAUACCAAGCAAAUCCUAUGGAAUCCCAUGUAGUUGCUGUGAAACGCAUCUUCAAAUACCUUAAAGCCACUCCUAAACUUGGCCUUUGGUAUCCAGCUAAAUCCGAUUUUCAGCAGAACGCUUUCACCGACUCAGACUACGGAGGAUGCAAGCUAGAUAGGAAGAGUACAUCUGGUAGCUGUCAAUUCCUAGGAGGUAGACUAGUGAGUUGGACUUCAAAGAAAUAG